CCCUGUUUUGUUUGUUGAAAUUACGUCGAAUUUCUGGCUCUUACGGGGAAAUUAAACCAAUUUGACAAUACUGUGUGUUAAAAGUGAAACAGAUUAUUUAAUUUUUAACGUUUAUUAAUAUUUUAUCGUAAUACCGUAUAUAAUACUUCAAAGCUGUUGAAAACAUAACUGCGCUCUUUCUCUCUACUCUCCACAUUUCGUCUCUCAUCUAUACAAAAAGAGUUAAGCAAACAGAAAAACCCUCACCACAUUUAACAUUUACUUUUGAAACAACUUUCUUUUUGUGUUGUGUGAAACAAAUAUCCACGAGUCUUUUCAAAUGGGUUCAGUUGUUUCUCAGCUACCAAAAACAGCAGUAAACAUGUCGUCACCUCAAGCCGUGUUUGUUCAAAACGCCCUCAAGGAACACAAAGUUGUUAUCUUUUCUAAAUCAUAUUGUCCCUACUGCACCAUGGCCAAAGAUCAAUUUAAAAAAUUGUCAGUACCCUUCCACGUUAUUGAAUUGGAUCAACGUCAAGACACUGAUGAAAUUCAGGAUGUUUUGGGUCAAAUGACUGGAGCAAGAACAGUUCCCCGUUGCUUUAUCGAUGGCAAAUUCAUUGGCGGCGGUACAGAUGUUAAGAAAAUGUACGAAACUGGAGCUUUGCAGAAAUAUUUUAGCUGAACUUCACGGAUUUCUAGUCAUUUAUAAUCUGUAAAGGAUUUAGACAAGUUCAUAGAAAAUGCUAACGUUUAUAAAAAUAUUAAAUAUAUAAUUACUUUUUGUAUGUGUGUGAUGGAGCACAUCGCGCUUUCAUCUAUGAAUAAAUAAAUGUUAAACAUCGUUUAAUGUUUUCAACGAA